UACUUCAUCAUCUCAUAUAUAUGCCAUCAGAGAUAUGGCAAAUUCUAAGCUUUCUAAGCCAUUGAACAUUCGCACGUAAAAAGCCUACCCCUGCAUUCUUUCCUAGGCUUCUAGACUCAUAGAAAUCAAACUAUCAGUAUUCUGUCUUCACUAAGUUGUCACAAUGGUAGCUAUUCGCAUUAGCAACGCCCUACGGGCAACCCGCACUCGGGCUCCUCAAGCUUACCGUACUUUUGCUACGACACCUCGUUACUGCUCGCAAGGCUACGGCGAUGGAAAAGGUGAUCCGAAAGCCGACGACCCUCAAAACCAACCAUCAUCCAGUGCCGCACAGCAAGCCUCCGAGCACCCAGGCCCGAGUCCUCCAGACGUAGGCAAAGGCACCGGAGCCGGGCCAACCAAAGCCGGUCUCAACGCCAGCAUGAAGCAAGCCGCAGCCCGCGAAUCCGGACAAAAGACCCCCGAAGACUCGAGCGCACAAUCAGGCGGUUCCCGCUCAAAAGAAGCAACAGAAACAGGCGGUAGUCCCACAGGCGGCAGCAUCGCCAACGCAGCGAGUCAGAGCGGAGGUGAGGCUCUCAAGGGACCGCAGGGCAAGGGAACUCCUAGCCCUAAAAUCCAUAACCAGAGUAUUUCUGUUAAAGAGGGCUUGAGUGACGAACAGAAGCAGGAAGUCGAAAGGCAUAAUAAGGAUUUCGAGAAGCGGCAUGAUCGCGCUGCCCCGGCUUCGGAGGAUAAGGUUGAUUCGAAGUUUUGGAAGGGGACCGGCGGUGUUCAACAAGGAACGUCGGAUUGGAAUGCUUAAUGAAAAGGUAGUCACCACAUGAUUUCUGCGGAUGCAUUUCAGUAAUCAAUCCGGUGUAUGGUUAUUUGAAACCAUAGAGCCAUUGUAUAUAACAUGAUUUCUCGGGACUAUCAUCGUUCUGUCUGAAGAAAUGAAGGGUAUUGGAAUGACGUAAAUGGGUGUAUAAGGGCGGAUAAAAUUGAGAUUUAGGUCAUUAGGAGGUAACUGUCGCAGUUCUAUUAGGGAGCUAAGGCCCUGGCCCGGGCUCUAUAAUUUAAAAUGCUCCGAUGCUGGGAGUCACUUAACACCU